GAUAGUGAUUAAUUUAACGCAAGCGUCAACUGAGCCUUUGAGUUAGCAGAACAAUUUUAUUUUUUAUUUAUUUUUUUCUGCUAAAGAUUAAUCGUUUCUGUAAGCGAUUAAUUAAUUUUUUACAUUUGUUUUCUCGUCUAAUCUACAUAUGGAUAUAUCCCGUAAAAAUCCAACGGAUUAUGAUCUCAUCCAAAGAGUUGGGAGUGGUACUUAUGGUGAUGUCUAUAAGGCGAAAAGAAUAUCCAAAAAUGAGUUAGCUGCAAUAAAGAUUAUUAAAUUAGAUCCUUCAGAGGAUUUUCGUGUGAUACAACAGGAAAUUGUUAUGAUGAAAGAUUGUCGCCAUCCCAAUAUUGUUGCAUUCUAUGGAAGUUAUUUAAGCAGAGAUAGAUUAUGGAUUUGCAUGGAAUAUUGUGGAGGUGGUUCGCUUCAAGAUAUUUAUCUGGUGACUGGUCCACUACCUGAGCCUCAUAUUGCAUUUGUGUGUCGUGAAACUUUAAAAGGAUUGGCAUAUUUACAUUCAUUGGGUAGGAUGCAUCGAGAUAUUAAAGGACCCAAUAUUUUGUUAACCGAUGAAGGUGAUGUGAAAUUAGCUGAUUUCGGUGUCUCAGCUCAAAUAACAGCUACUAUUAAUAAACGACAAUCAUUGAUUGGCACUCCCUAUUGGAUGGCCCCAGAGGUUGCCGCAGUGGAAAAGAAAGGAGGAUAUGAUCAACAAUGUGAUAUAUGGGCUCUUGGUAUAACCGCCAUUGAAUUAGCUGAGAGACAACCACCAAUGUACGAUUUGCAUCCCAUGAGAGCUCUCUUUCUCAUGUCUAAAUCAAGUUUCAAACCACCCACCUUGAAAGAUAAACAUCUAUGGUCGCAAGAGUUCCAUAACUUCAUUAAAUCAGCUUUAACCAAGAAUCCCAAAAAGCGUCCUUCAGCGGAAAAACUUCUUUGUCAUCAAUUUGUCCAAGGUGAUCAUCUAACAAAACGUUUAACCAAAGAGCUCAUCGAAAAAGCUCGUAAUCCUCAUUCGUUUGACAUGCAUCUUCACCAUGAUCUGGAUCCAGAUGAGGCCGAAGAAAUUGUUCACGUUCCUCGACGUAUACCUUCCAAAAAACCCUCAACAAACCGAAAGUCAAGACCAUUAUCAGAAAUUAAAGCUGAUGGAAUUGUCUUUAGGCAUACAGAAUGGGAUGAUUUUUCAGUCGAAAGUCCCAGCAAAUUUCCAGUUACAGAAGAAUCUUACAUAGGUCUCUCAGAAGAGGAUCCUGACAGAAAUCUAUUGUGGCAAGAGAGUAGGAGCUUACUCGAAGAAAUGGAUGAAGAGCUGACUCAGAGGGGUGUCAAAACCAGUUUAUCGACUCUUUACUCAACACAAUCAACUCUUCCAGUUGAAUCCUUACAACGAUCUUCAUCAAAUCAACUAUCACACCCGGGAUCGGACAGAUUAAGCUCUUCUGUCCUGUUUGGGUGGAGAGGGAUAGAAACAGAAGAUGAAGGGCUACUUGAUACCGAAGGAUAUGGUUCAUCCACCUUUGUGCUUGGUAGCCUUCGUACAGAUUAUAACAAUCAUGGAUCUCGAUUUAUUUCCAACUAUGAGACCCCAAGAUUUGAUAAAGAUGCUCUUGUCCGUUGGAAUAAUGAUACUCUUGAAAAUCUAUUGGACGAGAUUUGCUCUGAGCAACCUGAUAAUAACCCUAAUAACAAUGAAUUCGAGGAAUUCUCAACUCCCCCGUCAACACCUAAAAUUUUAAAUGGUUCGCCACCUGAUUCUCCAACAUCAUUUACCAAUCCUUUUAUCAACCAAUCAUCAUCAACCACCGCCAAUGGAUCAAGUUCUCGGAGCGGUGAUCAUCAACCAACCGAGUCAACUAGAUUAUCUAAUGGAAACCACUCUGAGGAGAAAAGGCAGAGUAUCAGCAAUUCAAGCGGAUCAGCCUCAGCCAAUCAUCCUCCUUCAGUUCCCCCUCGUCGUAAAGAAAAAAAGAGCUUAUUAACCAAGAUGAAUGUAUCCCAGCAAUCACCAUCAUCUCAACAACCCUCACCGAGACAAACAAUUAAUGGUCUUCCUCCAACUCCUAAAGUUCACAUGGGAGCUUGUUUCUCCAAAGUUUUCAAUGAAUGUCCUUUGAUGAUUCACUGUUCUGCCAGUUGGAUUCACCCGGAAACCCGUGAUCAACAUAUCCUCCUUGGGUGUGAAGAGGGCAUUUACACUCUGAAUUUGAAUCAACUUCAUGACGCAUGUAUUGAUCAGUUAUAUCCAAGAAGGACGACUUGGAUGUUUGUUAUUAAAGAUGUUCUCAUGUCUUUGUCUGGUAAAACACCGCAUCUUUACCGUCAUGAUUUAGUUCAAUUGCAUAAUAAGAAUAGUCAUAAGUUCUCGUUACCCGUUGAUUCCAUGAUAAAUAAGAUUCCUGAGCGAUUUGUUCCUUGGAAGCUCACUGCUACUUCUAAAAUAUCUGACACAAAAGGAUGUACCAAAUGCUGUGUUGCACGUAAUCCAUAUAAUGGUUAUAAAUAUCUCUGUGGAGUCAGUCCCAAUGGUAUCUUCCUAAUGCAAUGGUACAAUCCUUUAAACAAAUUUAUGUUAUUGAAGCAAUUUGAAUUUUACCUUCCAUCAAAGCUUGAUGUUUUUGAAAUGAUGAUCACUCCUGAUUUAGAGUAUCCGAUGCUGUGUGUUGGUGUUAAACGUGGUUACGAAAAGGAUUACUUACGAUUAGAAAUUGUAAAUCUUAAUUCAUCUGCAAGCUGGUUUAAUGACGAUUUUAAUGACGGAACAGAGACUGUUAUUCAUAAAUACGAUCAGUUAAAUAUUGUAAAUGUUACUCAACUUGACAAAGAAACUAUUUUAGUGUGUCAUGACAAUAGUGUUAAACUUGUUAAUCUAGAUGGUCAACUUAAAUCAAAUCGGAAACAACCUGCUGAGCUGAAGUUUGAUUUUAAAAUUGAAUCCAUAGUGAGUUUGACGGACUGUGUUUUAGCCUUUCAUAAACAUGGCAUGCAAGGACGAAGCUUCAAAAAUAAUGAAGUUGUACAAGAAAUAAAUGACGAGUCAAGAUGUUUCCGAUUACUCGGAGCUGAUAGAAUAAUUGCCUUGGAAAGCCGCGCAUCGAAAGAUUCAUCUAAUCCCACAUCAAACUUGUACAUAUUAGCUGGUCAUGAGAACAGUUAUUGAAUAAAAUCAAAUAUCUAUUUUAAAUUUGCUCAACGGAAAGAUCCAAUUCCAUAUUAAUUCGUCAUAAAAUGAAUUUUAACAUACCACUGGCAUUAAGCUUCUGAAGAAGAUUUGCUUUUGUUUCACAAGAAUCACGUUAUUGAAACCAAAAAGUCAAACAAGGUAAUUAACUACUAAUCAUAUAAAUCAUCACAUUAUAUUUCAUCAAAUUAUCUUGAUUAUCCUCAUCAGUUAUCAAAUGUUUAUUAUUAGUAUUACAUUAUUAUCUUUAUUAUUGUCAUUACUAUUAAAAUGAAAAAAAGUUAGUUUCCA